AUGCGCCGUCUGGCCAGGGGCCGGGUGAGCGCCUUGGCCGGGGGCCCGGAGGGCGGGAAGCAGCCGGCUGGAGCCGAGGCUGGGCCACCUCCGGUGCUGCUUCCAUCCGCGCAGCCCGUGCCCGCGGCCGAGCGCAUCCUGCAGCGGGGGAUCUUUGAGAUCGACGGGAGGAGCUGCGACGUGGUGCUGAGCGACAGCGUCCUGUGGUGGAGGCCUAUCCAGCCCGAGCGCCCCGCUGCCCCCGCGGCCGGUAAUUCCAAAUGUGGCUUCUUGAGUAAAGAGGAAUUUAUUGAGCUCAAAGACUUAUUCUCUGUGAAAUUGAAAUGGCGUCGAUCUGCCAAACAGCAGAAAGGUGGUACUUUGUUAGGUAUCACACUUUUUGUAUGUAUGAAAAAGGAACAAAAUAAACUGAAGGAUUAUACUCUUACUCUUAAUAACUUAAGUGAAGACCACUGUUUCUCAUGGGUUAGAGAUCUGAAGAAAAUUUUAACUGAAUUUUCAAACCGGCCCAAAUCCUUAAAAGUACUUAUUAACUCACAAAGUCACAAAAGAGAAGCUAGUCACAUCUAUUAUGAACAUGUUGAACCUCUUUUGAAGCUUGCUGAAAUAAAAACUGAUGUAACAAUAACAGAAUAUAAAGGACAUGCUCUGUCACUGCUAAAGGAAUGUGAACUUCAAGAAUUUGAUGGGGUUAUCUGUGUUGGUGGUGAUGGAUCUGCCAGUGAGGUGGCUCAUGGUUUACUUCUUAGAGCCCAAAUGGAUGCUGGGAUAGACACAAAUUACAUCCUGACACCUGUCAGAACACCACUUCCUCUUGGGAUAAUACCAGCAGGUUCUACUAACGUACUGGCACAUUCACUUUAUGGAAUCACUCACAUAGUGACUGCAACAUUACAUAUAAUAAUGGGGCACAUGCAACCAGUAGACAUCUGCACAUUUAGUAGUGCUGGCAAGUUUCUUCGCUUUGGAUUCUCAGCUAUGUUUGGCUUUGGUGGAAGGACUUUGGCUUCAGCAGAAAAACAUCGUUGGAUGCCACCUAAUCAAAGGAAAGACUUUGCUAUGAUUAAGACGCUGGCACGCCUCAAACCUGAGGACUGUGAAAUAUCAUUUUUACCUGCAAAAGGCUCUCAGGACUUCCAGGAAGCCAGUAGAAAUGAACAUAGAACAACAGAAUCUGACUAUAACAACCAGUGGCAGAAGAUUCAGGGUCAUUUCCUGAACAUCAACAUCAUGGCUAUCCCUUGCUGUUGUUCAGUGGAACCAGGAGUCUUGGCUCCUAAUACCAGAUUAAAUAAUGGAAGUAUGGCUCUUAUUAUUGCACGAAACACUUCUCGACCAGAAUUUGUAAAACAUCUGAAAAGAUAUGCCAGUUUAAAAAGCCAGUUUAAUUUUCCAUUUGUUGAGACCUACACUGUUGAAGAAGUAAAACUCCAGCCAAGAAAUAACUCUGGGUGUGACACAGGAGAUGUUGAGUUUCAUGGACCAUCUAGUGAAAAUAAUUACCCUUGGAAUGUUGAUGGAGAUUUAGUGGAAGUACCAUCAGAAGUUCAUAUUAAGGUGCAUCCACAACUUAUCAAGCUUUAUGGAGGAAACCUAGAAGAAAUGAAUGACUACAAGUAAUAUUAAAUUGUUUACAGAAGAAAUGUAUAAAGUUGGGAUAUUUAUAGCUCAAAUAAUUUUAAAAUCAAAGUGACUAUUUUUAUGUUAUAGAAAAAUACAAUUUAGUUUUUAAAAAAUCUAGAAAAAAUAGUAUAUGAGAUGUUAAACUAUUUUAGUAAAAAUAUAUUUAUUGAAACUGCAGAUCAAGAUUUCAAGCUUUUUUCAGUCUAACCAUUCAUAGAGUACACCACCCAAAUUACUACAGUUGUUUUAACCUGUAUUAUUAAAACUGAAACUAAGAUUUUACAUUUUUAGAAAUGAAUAAACUGAUUCUGACAUAUUUCUAACAUUUUGUUUCUUGUAGUUUGUCCAUGUAGUCUUUGCAAAUAAUAUUGCUAUUCUACACCAUGAUCCCAUCUCCCCAAAAUUCUAUCAUUAUUCAAAUUAGCUAUGAUGAUUAGUAAAUAUUUUUCUGAAAUGGACUCAUUUGUCUAAUUUUUAAAAUGCUCUGAAUUCAUAAAACUAACUAAAACUCUUACACAUUCCAUUUAAACAUAUACAAAAUUUAUACUCAUUUUCACCCUUUAAAAUGCUUUUUCCUCAUAGUUUAGAGCAAAUUUUAAAAGUUUAUAUCUUCUCUCAUAUCUGAGAGACGGAUAGGAUUUUAGAAAUUACUGCACUUUGGUACAUAACAGUGGCAAAUGCCUUAUACUCAGCACUAAAAUACUCAUUUACAAAGAAGAAGGAGACCAAAUUAAAGAGUUCUUCAAACAGAAUUCUUCUGGAGAUAGAAAAUCAAAGACCAUAGUUUUAGGGGCCUUUAAGGCAAAGCCAAAACUUAACCUGACCACACUUAAUUUUACUAACUAUGAGAACCUGGAAAAGGAAGAUCUAAGAAUUCUGGAGCCACAAAUAUACAGAAAUAGCAUUUACCCAACUGAUGUAUUCAUUAAAUAUUUUGUGUAGAUUUUUUGUAAAGUGCAUUAUUUUCCAUUUUACUAACAAAUAAAUAAAGGGCUACAAAAAUAAAUCAAAGAAUUAGAGGACUAGGAAAGAGAUUUUAUCAGGCUUUGAAAAAGUUACAUAUUUUGCCACAGGUACAAGGAUACAUACAAGCAGACCCUGGUAAAAUGUUAUUUGCCCACUUUUUAUAUCACCUAUUUAAUAUACAUGUAAUAAAUACUGCAAGUAAAAUGCAUUUUCAUUUGCAAAUACAAUGUAAA